UGAAUACUACUACUCUACUAGUCUGCUACUGCCUCACGACCUCAAUUCCUCACAUCAAUUCACUUAUCACUCAUCAACAGCACAACAUCACUCAUCAUCAUCACCCUCGACACUGCCUCCCACUCCCACCGACUCGACACUCGACAACCAUCGGCCCACCGCGACAGAUCUUCUCUCCUCUCCUCACAGGCGGCUGGAGUGGCGGAUUUGAGGGUAAUAAACCCUUUUUUUUGGGUGAUUGAUUGUAAAAUUAUAUAUAUUAUUAACAUUAGUCUAUAAAUAUCACUUUAUUGCAAUCUCAACACAUUCAAAAAUACAAAAAAAAAAAGCAAAAACAAGUUAGACCCGUUUUGGACUCGGAUCCGGAUAUGGGUCUUGCAUAACUGGACCCGCGGAUCUGGGUCUGGAUCUGGAUCUGGAUCUUGUUUUUGAAAACGGAUCUGAAUCCGGGUCCAAAGACCGUCAAACUAUUUUAACAUAUUUUUUAAAUUGAUGUACAUUAAAAUAAUAGACAAAAUCAUAACUAACAAAAACUCCGAAACCAUCCAAAUCUUCCGAGUUCCGAGUAAAAAAUCAAACACGAGAAAGAAAGAAAGAAAGAAAAAAUGCAGAAAAGAGAACAAGGGAAACAAGGAGGGGGAGGAGGAGGAGGAGGAGGAGGAGGGGGAGCGUCGACUCCAGCGCCUAAACGAGGUCGUCCCAUCGGAAGUGGUACCAACAGUGCCGCUGUCGCUGCUGUAGCUGCCGCCGCAGAUUCAGCCGCACCUCAUACUCUCCUUGGCCCUACCCUUCAGGUUCAUAGCGCUUUUGCUGAUCAAAACCAGAAAAGGAUUGUUUUAGCUCUGCAAAGUGGCUUAAAGAGUGAUCUUACAUGGGCACUAAAUACUCUUACUGUACUCUCUUUCAAAGAAAAGGAUGAAAUUCGCAAAGAUGCUACCCCACUUGCUAAGAUACCUGGAUUGCUGGAUGCUCUUCUUCAAAUUAUUGAUGACUGGCGUGACAUAGCUGUACCUAGGGAUUUUUCAAGGAAUCGACGAGUGAGGUUGUUGGGAUCGAAUGCUCUUGUAACAGGUUUUGGAAAUGAAUAUGACGCUUUGGCCUCCAAUGACAAUAACUCACAAUCAAUUGUUUCUGGUUCUGGUAUUGAUCCUUCAUCACAAAAAAGUGCAGCAAGACAUCGACCUACUGAUUGGUGGUUUGAGGAAGAUGGCUUAUUUAAUUUAGAUGAUGAUGGGCGUGCAGAAAAGCAGCUGUGUGCUGUUGCUGCAUCUAAUAUCCUACGUAACUUCUCAUUCAUGCCUGAAAAUGAAGUCAUCAUGGCUCAACACCGCCACUGUUUGGAAACGGUAUUCCAGUGUAUAGAAGAUCAGAUUAUUGAGGAUGAAGAACUUGUCACAAAUGCUGUCGAGACAAUUGUGAAUUUGGGCCCAUUGCUUGAUCUGAGAAUAUUUAGUUCAUCGAAGCCUUCUUAUAUUAACAUAACAGAAAAGCGUGCGGUUCAAGCUAUCAUGGGCAUGCUUGAUUCUCAGGUCAAAGCAUGGCAUUGUGCUGCAGCAGAACUCCUUGGCCGUAUGUUUAUAAAUCCCGACAAUGAAACAUUUCUUCUUCCAUUUGCCACACAGAUUUACCAGCGUUUAGUUGAUUUGCUGAGCUUACCGGUGUCUGAUGCUCAGGCAGCUGCUGUAGGUGCACUUUAUAAUCUCGUGGAAGUCAAUAUGGACUGCAGGUUAAAAUUAGCAAGUGAACGAUGGGCUGUGGAUCGAUUGUUGAAAGUUAUCAAAACGCCACACCCUGUACCAGAAAUUUGUCGAAAGGCAGCUACGAUUUUAGAAAGCCUCGUGUCUGAACCACAAAACAGAGGUCCUCUCCUUGCAUAUGAGAACGCGUUUGCAGAGAUUCUUUUCUCGGAGGGUAAGCAUGCUGAUACUUUCGCAAGGAUAUUGUACGAAUUGACAUCUCGACCAAACAACAAACAAGGAAUGGCACGCGGAGUCUGGGGCAUGUAGUAGAUUUCCUCCUCUAGAUUAUAGGAUGUGGCUUUAAAUCUACACCAUGACCCUUUGUUUUGGUGUGUUGAUGAAUCAUGUCAAUGUAAUGAAUUAAGUUAUUAUUUGUAUAAUCAACACUCAACUCAAUAUUGCAAGGCCUGACUUUAUGACAGAA